CUCUCCUUUGCUUCUCUGGGGACAUUUCACAAACACAUUGAUAUUUAAGGCAAUACAGAAACAGUUUCCUUCUCCACCAUGACUAGACAGCAACAACGAUACCGCGGUGUCCGGCAAAGGCAUUGGGGCUCUUGGGUGUCUGAAAUUCGCCAUCCUGUGCUGAAGACUAGAAUAUGGCUAGGCACAUUCGAAUCGGCGGAGCACGCGGCUAAAGCCUACGACGAGGCAGCUAGACUAAUGUGCGGUCCAAAAGCACGCACAAAUUUUCCAUACAACCCAAACGAGCCACAAUCAACUUCUUCAAAGCAUUUUUCAGCGACACUGGCAGCUAAAUUACAUAAAUGUCAUUUAGCAUCUCUACAAGCCACCAACAAAAAUGUCAUUAAACAAACACAUGAACAACCACAACCUAACCCAUUUGCCACUAGCAAUGGCAUUGCCGGAAAAAGUGCAGAAUCCGGCAGUACUUGGCAGGAAGGGAAAUGGGUUGGUGAGGAAAGUGAAGUUGGGAAUAGCCAGCAGCAAGAAAAGGCACUUGAAGAUCAUCAUAUAGAGCAAAUGAUAGAGGAGUUGCUUGACUAUGGUUCCAUGGAGUUUUGUUCUGUUUCUUCUACAUAGAUUAAUUAGUACUCUUAAUUAGAAAGAUUUAGAAAUUGUAGCAACCUUCAUCAAUUUGGUAAUGCAAUUUACAGUUACCUUUUUUCUUUC